CUUGGGUUGAGAGAGACUCUACAAUUCAUCGUGAGAGUCGGUCUAGGAAGUAGGAACAAAACAAGGAGUGUUGAGCGAAGAUUUGGCAAUAAAUUCUCUCUUAUCAUCAGUCUUUGUUGAAUAUUUGGUUGGCCUGUUGGGUUUGUUCCACCAUCAGAGAUUUAUAGGUAAUCUUCUUCCACUACUUCAGAAGAUUUUGCUUUGAGAUUACAGUACUUGGGUUUAGAUAUCCCACAUUUUUCUCCUCUCUCUCUCUUAAAUAAAUAUCGAUGUUGGGUAUCUAGGUUUGUCUUAAAGAUUUAGUCUUGAAAACAGAGGUAAUGCCAGAUUGAAAUUUGAAACCACAGGAGAUACUGGUUUUUGUCGUAUACUUAGAUCAGUUAUCUUUGGAUUAAAUGGAAGAUGAUACAACAAUGCCUCAAGAUGAUCAAGGAAAUUGUGAUGGAACUAGAGGCAUUGGGGUUCUUGGAAGAUCUUCUAAGAAGUCAAAGCUGAAAAAGGUGCCACAGAGGGGACUUGGUGUGGCACAGCUUGAAAAGAUAAGACUAGAAGAACAACAAAAGAGAGAUGUUGCUGCAAUUUUACCAUCUCCUAGUACUUUAUCAUCAACCACACCAUCCCAUCUGCCUCUCCCAGUUAAGAAUUUUCAUGACUCCAACGUAUCCCCUUCUACACCUCUUUUACCUUGUGAGCCACCGUCUGAAUUUAGGUCCCCUUUGUCUCUGCAACAACAACACCACCAACAACAACACAUGGAUGUUAAAGUUCCAAGCACUGUUCCAUUGGCAAACAGUGGUGAUUUUGAGGCUGGCUGGCCUGUUGUUCCUGGACAUGGGAAUGUUCCCAAGUGGUGGAGCUCCUUCCAGUUUGAUUCUGAGAAGAACAACUUUGGAGUGGAGCUGGGAUCGCCGAUUCUGCCGAGUGUGCCUUUUGAAUCCAGCCCCAUUUGGCCUCUGCCUAAUUUGGUGCAGAGAACACCACAGUAUCAGCAUCAGCAUCAAACUUCUUCACCAAUGGCAAGUGUCUCAUCAGGAACUUUAUCAACAUAUAUGCCUCAUUUCACAAUAGAGCCCCCUUCAAACCAAAACAACAAUUGCAGCAGUGUGCCUGUGAAGUCAAUGGAGAAGAUGGUUGGUAUGAAAAGGCAAACGCCAUACCCUUUCUCCCCGGAUUUUCCUCAUGUCCCUGCUUUCAAUUGUAUAUCGUCCCCCUUUGCUGAAGUAGGAACUAAUGCAAAAACUCUGUGCGGUAAUGGAAGCGGAUUUAACUUUGGCAAUUCAACUUCCAGAGAAGUAUCAUCAUCCUGUUUAGCUUCCAACUCUGAGCCAAAGUCAAAGAAAAGAAGAGAAGAGAAUGAGAAUUUCAAUGGAGAUUUUCUCACGUUGGCUCCUCCCUCUCCUACUUCAUAUCCACCUUCAAAGUCCAAAUUGUCUUUAACUUUCCAGGCAUUUCACAACCAAGGAAAUGUAGAAGAUCAAAUCCCUGCCGCCCCACCAGUGUUCAGGCUGUUCAAUCAACAAAAGCAACCAUUUUAUGGCUUCUUCCUUCCAGAACCAAAGGAGGAACAAAUUGGAGAAACAGCAGCCAGGAUUCAGAAUGGUCAUGAAGUGGGAGAAAGUGUUGAUCUUAACUUGAAACUAUGAAUAUAACUUCUAGGCUAGUUGUUUCUCACUAUGAAACUUGCAUAGUCAUCUUUUUAUUUUUAUUUUUAUUUUUACUAGUGGUAGAUAUUCCUAAAUGUGCACAUGUAGUGUUGGUUGAGUAUGAAAAGGACUAAAAAUCUUGGCCAUGUGAGAGGUAGGAGUGGAAAAUGAAAGGAGAGAUGUUGAUUUGUUUGUUUUGAGUAGCAAUGCCUAUGUGCUUUAAUGAAAAGCCAAACUCUAGUGGCUUUGCCUUUGGGAUUGAGGUUAUGGAUUUGUUUGUUUUUUUCUCUCACAUGUGGGUUGUGGAGGCAUCUAAUUGUGCAUUGUUUUCUCUUUUGUUUC